GCAUGACUGUUUAUAUUUAACAUGACCUGAUAUUUUGUGACUCUUUGGUGGUUACUUCUCAAGACUACAGAUUUUGAUUGCCCUUUCAUGCUCAAAGCUUGUUUCUCUCGGCAAUCCCAGAUUAAUCUCCAGAAAGCCACUUUUUUUCAAACAUUGCUUUCAAACGUUGACAAUGCAUAAUUGAUAGUAUUUUACAUCCAGCAUAUCUUAUCAUGAAGAAUCAUGCCAGACUUGUGGAUCAUCGAGAUUACUCCCACCCUACAUUGUGCAAAAAGUAGUUAUUGGCAGAUCAAUGAUGGUACUAUCUUGUGUCUGUGAGCAUGCAUGUAAAUAUAACCAAGUGACUAUUGCUGCAGUUGUCUAGAUGGAUCUAUGUUGCAACUGUUGUGAUGUGAAAACACAUUUGCAGCACAUAAUCUUGGAGGCCAGUCAUGCAGUUAAACUGGGUUCUGACCAACUGGAUGUAUUUACGUUUUACUUAAUGGAACUAGAGUAGCAAUACACAAAUUUAAUUUGCACUUGAGUUAUUAAAAAUGUAUGUAAGCUUGUAAUUGUUCUGUACUAGGCAAUUCAUUGGUAGGAUGAGGUUUAAAAAAAAUUAUAGAAUUUAAUGAUGUUUGAAUUUGUUGAAUGCCGAAGGCAGUUAGGCUGUUUUAUGACAUCAUAGAAAGUUGUUAUUUUAGAUUAGAGAGUUAUGUGAGGGUAAUAACUUUGAGUUUAAAAAUGUCUGAGUUUAUUUUUAUUAUUGUUAAAAGGUUUAAUCAGCUGUUUUAAUUACUAAGCGUGCACAUUACUGAGGCACUCAACUGUUCCUUGUGCAGUGGAAAAGAACUGUUUCCAUCGUAGACAGUUUAGAAUGUGAAUUAUGGAAUGUAGAUUAAAUUCAUUUCACAAUAAUGAACUUAAAUUUCCACUCUGCUGUUGGAUGUGAGGCUCUUACCCGGGGAACAGCAAGUACCGGACAAAAAAUGAAAAAUGUUCGUGGCCUGCUGUGGCUUUUCCUUGGAUGGACCAUAACCAUUUGACGUCAGCACCUGGUUUUGAAUUUUAUACCGGAUGUUGUAGAUCCUUUGUAGCUACCAGAACCUGUUUUCAUUGUGUACUUUCCAGCACUGGGGAGCUUGUACAUCAUUCAGCAAAAAUACUUGUGGAUAUCUUACCUGUUGGAAAAUCAUCCUGUUGUCAAAAAUGCCCAAAUUUGAUUCACUUCUGUGUCAGUCCUGGAAUUCAGAAAUCUAGAAGAAACAUGCUUUCGUCUACGAGUCCGAGUCAAUGCUCCAGGAAGCAGCUUGAAGAGAAUACAGAUAAAGCAGCUGGGGAUGCAGAUGAUCCUCCACGAAUUACCCCUAACCCAGUCAUCAAUGGUAACGUAGCAAUGGCAGAUGGGCGCAACAAUACAGAAGAAGACAUGGAAGAUGAUACCAGUUGGCGCUCAGAGGCUACAUUUCGUUUCACUGGCGAGCGGUUUAGUAGGCUCAGUGAAUCCGUGUUGAGUCCUCCUUGUUUUGUGCGAAAUCUGCCAUGGAAAAUUAUGGUAAUGCCUCGCUUCCAUCCUGAUCGCCCUCAUCAAAAGAGUGUCGGAUUUUUCCUGCAAUGCAACGCUGAGUCUGAUUCUACAUCAUGGUCCUGUCAUGCACAAGCUGUUUUGAAGAUAAUUAACUACAAAGAUGAAGAGAAGUCCUUCAGUCGGAGGAUUAGUCAUCUUUUUUUUCACAAAGAAAAUGACUGGGGUUUCUCUAAUUUUAUGACUUGGAGUGAAGCAACUGAUGCCGAAAAAGGUUUCAUAGAAGAUGACAAGGUUACUUUUGAAGUCUUUGUUCAGGCUGACGCACCACAUGGUGUUGCGUGGGAUUCUAAGAAGCAUACAGGUUAUGUAGGACUGAAGAACCAAGGAGCAACUUGUUACAUGAAUAGCUUAUUGCAGACAUUGUUCUUUACGAAUCACUUGAGAAAGGCUGUCUAUAUGAUGCCAACAGAUGGGGAUGAUUCAUCCAAGAGUGUUCCUUUAGCAUUGCAAAGGGUGUUCUAUGAGUUGCAACACAGUGAUAAACCUGUUGGAACCAAGAAACUGACAAAGUCUUUUGGCUGGGAAACACUAGACAGUUUUAUGCAACAUGACGUCCAGGAACUCUGCAGGGUGCUACUUGAUAAUGUGGAGAAUAAAAUGAAAAGUACCUGCGUAGAGGGAACUAUUCCAAAAUUAUUCAGAGGGAAAAUGGUGUCAUAUAUUCAAUGCAAGCACGUGGAGUAUCGAUCUGAGAGAAUAGAAGAUUACUAUGAUAUUCAACUCAGUAUAAAGGGAAAGAAAAACAUAUUUGAAUCUUUCAAAGAUUAUGUGGCAGUGGAACUGCUGGAUGGGGAUAACAAAUAUGAUGCUGGCGAACAUGGUUUACAGGAUGCAGAAAAAGGUGUGAAGUUUCUUACCUUUCCACCAGUGUUGCAUCUUCAGCUUAUGCGUUUCAUGUAUGACCCACAGACUGAUCAAAAUAUCAAGAUAAAUGACAGAUUUGAAUUUCCUGAGCACUUGCCCCUGGAUGAAUUCCUUCAGAAACGUGACUCCAAGGAUUGUGCUAAUUACAUAUUACAUGCAGUGCUGGUGCACAGUGGAGAUAAUCAUGGUGGACAUUAUGUAGUCUACCUCAACCCUAAGGGAGAUGGUAAAUGGUGUAAAUUCGAUGACGAUGUUGUAUCAAGGUGUACAAAAGAAGAAGCAAUUGAUCACAACUACGGGGGUCAUGACGAUGAUUUAUCUGUCCGACACUGCACCAAUGCCUACAUGUUGGUGUACAUCAGGGAAUCAAAACUAAGUGAGGUUUUGCUAGCAGUCACAGACCACAACAUUCCGCAGCAACUGGUCGAGCGUCUUCAAGAGGAGAAGAGAGUGGAGGCUCAGAAGAGAAAGGAAAGGCAAGAGGCACACCUCUACAUGCAAGUGCAGAUAGUAACAGAAGACCAGUUCUGUGGCCAUCAGGGUAAUGAUAUGUACGAUGAAGAAAAAGUGAAAUACACAGUGUUCAAAGUCCUCAAAAACUCCACACUUGCAGAAUUCGUUCAGAAUUUGUCACAAACAAUGGGAUAUCCGCAGGAACAGAUAAGGUUAUGGCCAAUGCAGGCCCGGAGUAAUGGAACGAAGAGACCAGCAAUGUUGGACUAUGAAGCAGAUAGCAACAAAACCAUGAUUGAAUUGAGUGAUAAUGACAACCCAUGGACAAUAUUUCUAGAGACUGUAGAUCCAGAAUUAGCUGCCAGCGGAGCAACGUUGCCCAAAUUUGAUAAAGAUCAUGAUGUGAUGUUGUUUUUGAAGAUGUAUGAUCCCAAAGCUCGGAGUUUGAAUUACUGUGGACAUAUCUACACCCCUAUAUCGUGUAAAAUCCGUGAUUUAUUGCCGAUCAUGUGUGAGAGAGCAGGGUUUCUGCAAGGAACUAACCUUAUCCUCUAUGAGGAAGUUAAACCCAAUUUAACUGAAAGAAUUCAAGACUAUGAAGUGUCUCUUGAUAAAGCACUUGAUGAACUCAUGGAUGGCGAUAUUAUAGUAUUUCAGAAGGAUGACCCAGAAAAUGACUCCAGUGAGUUACCAACAGCAAAAGAUUAUUUUCGGGAUCUCUACCACCGGGUUGAUGUCAUCUUUUGUGAUAAGACUAUUCCUAAUGACCCGGGCUUUGUGGUCACUCUAUCUAAUAGAAUGAACUACAUUCAGGUUGCCAAGACAGUUGCUCAGCGACUAAACACUGACCCAAUGUUGCUUCAGUUCUUCAAGUCUCAAGGUUACAGGGAUGGGCCUGGUAAUCCUCUUCGACAUAAUUAUGAAGGCACACUUAGAGAUCUGCUGCAGUUCUUCAAGCCAAGGCAACCAAAGAAACUAUAUUAUCAGCAACUGAAAAUGAAGAUCACAGACUUUGAAAACAGACGAAGUUUCAAGUGCAUAUGGCUGAACAGCAGUUAUAGGGAAGAGGAGAUAACACUAUAUCCUGAUAAGCAUGGUUGUGUUCGUGACUUAUUGGAAGAAUGUAAGAAAGAUGUAGAAUUGUCAGAUAAAGGAUCAAAUAAACUAAGGCUAUUGGAAAUUGUAAGCUACAAAAUAAUUGGAGUCCAUCAAGAAGAUGAGCUGUUAGAAUGUUUAUCUCCAGCAACAAGUCGAACUUUCAGAAUAGAGGAGGUUCCACUAGAUCAGGUUGAUCUUGACAAAGAAAAUGAAUUACUGAUCCCAGUGGCACACUUUCAUAAAGAGGUUUUUGGCACUUUUGGAAUUCCAUUUUUGUUGCGAAUAUGCCAGAGCGAACCAUUCGUGGAGAUUAUGAAACGAAUUCAAGCAAUGCUGGAAGUCCAAGAGAAGGAAUUUGAAAAGUUCAAGUUUGCAAUUGUGAUGAUGGGCCGGCACCAGUACAUUAAUGAGGAUGAAUAUGAAAUCAACCUGAAGGAUUUUGAACCACAGCCCAACUGGCCUGUUCCAGAUUCUCUUCAGUUAACGGGUAAUAUGUCUCAACCAAGGCCAUGGUUGGGACUUGAUCACUUCAAUAAAGCUCCAAAGAGAAGUCGCUAUGCAUACCUGGAAAAGGCGAUCAAGAUCCACAACUGACACCAAUACCUGACCUAGUCAGAAUUGUGUGUCUUGAAAAGAAAAAAAAAGUUGACGAAUCAAAAAGACAGUGUGUGCACCUAUCCAACAACAGUAAAAAAAAAUCGAACUUUGGUACACAUGCACCUUGUCAAAAGUUUUCAGCGACAGGAUUUGCUGCUGAUGCUAAUUUUAUUUUGUUUAGGCUGUUCGGUUUGGCUUCCCUGUACCAAUUGACGGCCUAUUUUCCAGAUGGAGAGAGGAAGUGGAUUUGCCCUUUACAAAGAGCAAUGCAGUUGGAUGCGAGUUCUUGGUUUAAAGAUGAAAAGGCAGGAAUAUGGCAGCAUAGUAAAGGAGCUGAGUAGUAAGAAAACAGCUAGUCAUUUGCUAAAUGGUUUCAUGCCUUUAGAAUAACCCACAGCAGAUGGCAUAGGAUUCACAUCUCUGCCUGGCUGCUAAUUCUAGAUAUUGUGAAACUUCACAAACACUUGAAGCAGUCAGCAUGUUCAUGUUUACAGUCAUAUGGAUAGUUUUCUUUAUUUAGGUAGUUUGGAUGAAUUCAGAUUUUUUGUGAAUUUGUACACCGCCUCGUUUCACAGCAUUAAUAAAUGGUGUCUGUACUACA